AGCGUCAAAUAUUGGGCUGUACCUACAAUCGCGAGAAGCGCCAAAUACUGGGCUGUACCUACAAUCGCGAGAAGAAGCGCGUACACUUGAGGCAGGAGAGGAGAGCAAAGGAGAGAUACCGUACGUACUCUUAAUUCGACGUACAGCGCGACUUUAUUUACAGUACGACUUCACAUCACAACUCACCUUUUCUUCACUCCCUCAAACCUACAGCGUCACUCUACAGUACAUCCAUGACUUUUAGCUGGGGAACAGGUCCCGUCGUCUUUUGACCCGUCUGUUGUUGAGUGGUCGCUCACGGUUCACGGUCCCGGUCCCGGUCCACGGUCCCGGUUCACGUUCACGGUUCACGGCCGUCUAUCGCUUAGUGUCUCCCAUCUCCACCGUCUCUCCACAGCCACAUCCCAACCCCACGGUCACGGCCAAAUAAUUCCGAUAAAGCCGCACCCCCGCACGGUCCAUCUAACAAAUAUGGAUCACGUGCAGGAUAACAACCCCAUCAGAGCAGAUGAGAACUACUCGCAUGAAUUGGGUCAACAGAUGAAUAAUUACAUCGUCGACCCGUCUUUAAUUGACCAAAAUCAAUGGGUGCUGCAGGAACAGCAGGAACAGCAGCAGCCCGCACUGUAUGCCGAGGAUAUCUUCAAUUCACAGCAGUACCAGCACCCGCAUGCCCACCAGCAGCACCAACUCACACAUCAACACCCGCAGCAGAUCCAGCAGCAGCAAUAUAUCCUGCCUGCUCAGUCGCAAUUUAAUUAUGGCACUUCCCAGUCACCUGUGUAUCCAAAUGCGCAAUAUCAGGCCGUAUAUGGCCAGGAGCCCCUACGCUCAAAUACCAGCCUGGGACAGUAUGGAGUUCAGUAUGGCGCCUACCCGACCACCAGCCAGAGCCCUAUACAGCAGAUGCCUCAGCAGGUGUCUCUCCAAUCUCACCAGCAGUAUGCGCCCAACCAAGGUCAAUACUCCUACUCCCCUCAAGCUCAAGUGCCUGUAACGAUCUCGCCACAUGAUCUCGACAGGGCCGUGCAAUAUCCUGCGCCGGUUCCAGCGAGAAAUAUCUUGACUCAGCAGCCCGUUCCCAGCAAUGCUGCCAGCCAGAAUUUCCGCCAGUCAUGGACGCCAGAGCCGGAGUUCCAGGAACAGUCCGUCCCAGUUUCGACUCCGGUGCCGCAAUAUCACCCUGUGCAGCCGGAGAUUCAGACUCAGCAUGCCCCUUCUCGCCCUGUGGUUAGCCAACAUGCCGCCAUCUCACCCGUGCCUGCUUUGCCUUCCGUGCCUGCAAGCCAGCCCGAACCAGUAAAUCAACCUUCACCAGCGAGCCAGCCUAUUCCUAGCCAGCCUAUUCCCAGUGUAUCGGACGCAGCUCAGAAAUAUGCUUCCGCACAGCUUAGGGUUACGCACCCUGAGUUGCUGGCUGAAACAAAGGAUAUUCCAUCUCGCAGGUUCUCCCAGGCUCCUUGGGCGGUCCUUGGUGUAGGCUCGAUUGAACUAGACAAUAGGUAUUCCUCAAAAGCACUUCCCGUCUGGCAAGGCCGGCCUAACCGAAGUGGAAAGGUCCUAGUACCUGGCCUCGAGCAUAAACUCUCCGCCGUCCCCACAAGCAAACCUAAGAAAAUCCGCGCCCCAGGUACAAAGAAGUACGCCACCGCGAGGAAGUCUAAUUUACUUGGGAGGGAGCGACCCACGCCUUUAUCUGCUGCGAAUAUUCCUGCGGGUGAGAUAAGCAGCCGUAGGCCGCCGUCGGUGUCGCCGGCGGACUCGAGUUCGGAGGAGUAUACGAGCUCAGAGGACGAGUCGGAGUAUUCGGAUGAGGAAGAGGAGCUGGGAGAUAUGAGGACGCUAGACGAGAUUCGCCCCGAGCCACGUCCAACGGAUGUCGCCGAGGCCGCAACCUGGGAUGCCCUUGGCAUAAUCUACAGUCCGCCAGGUCGCCGUGCAACAACAGAGGAGAAGAUGAGAGUUGCUAUGGAAUUCCAUCCCUUUGUCGCAACUCUACGUGAAGAGCUGGUGCGAGUUACGGCAGAGCUGGCAAAGGCGGAAACCGAGAAGCGUGGUGCCGAUGUCAAGAAGUUGAAAGUUGAGCGUGCUACGCGACAGCAGGCUCUUGUUAAUGCUUUGAAUAUCGCCAUCACCAAGGGACAUCAAGAUCUCAAAGAUACGCUAGCUACCCACGACAAGUUCGUUGUUGGAUUGACGAAUAUCCUCAGAAACUGUAUCAAAGCAGAUGACUACCUCGGCGACCUCGCUCUUGCAGUCUUCCAUCUCAUGUCCGCCUUCACCAAAACCAGCGAGGCCGUCUUGACCAGAUCUAAAUUCGAUGGCAUUGUCAAGAAGUUCAACAAGAGUAGACUAGAAAGCAAGAAUGUCGAUCUUGAAGGAAAGCGGAGGCAAGAGGAUAUCAGGCGCUUUGUGGAAAUAAUCAUGAAGAGCACGGUCGAAUCUCAUGAUAGAGCUAUAAUGGCUGCUGCUGAAGAUUCUGCCAAGAGAGGCGAAAUGAAGGAGGCUAUUGCGAGAGGGGAGUAUAAACCUACAGCUCCUACAGAUGUCAAGGCGGGAAUACAGCCGGCAUCGAGCCUGAAGAGACCUCAUGAGCCUGAUGAUAGCACCAGUAAUUCACCAAACAAAAAGAUUGCAGCCGAAGGCGCCAAGUGCUUCCCUGCUAAACCAUCCGGCAACAAGGUCCCCAUAAAGACAACUGGUUUCUUCGCCAAGCUCGGGAAGCAAGGACCCAAAGCCGCGCCAGCCACGACAAAUAUCCCAGCAGCCAAGCCCGUGGCAAAAAAGCCCGCUCCCUCCACCGGACCAUCCACUCUCUCCAUGCUCCUCGCCGACAUCUCCAAGCCCAAAGCCCCCCCCAAAGCCCCCGAGGCCCCCAAGCGCCCCGACGAAACACCCGAGCAGAAAGCGAGAAGGGAGCGCAAGGAAUCUAGACGUCAUCUCAGGGUUCACUUCAAAGGGGGCGAUAGCCUCACCGAAGUCCGGAUCUUCACGCACGAGCGAGCGGAGAAUGAGGGGCGCCAGGGUGAAAUGCUGAGGGAUGCACAUGAUGAUCGCUCGGAGGGGAUGAUGCAUAAACAGCGCUUCCAGGGCGUGGUGGAUGUGGAGGAUGAGGAGAGUGAGGCUGAGGUGAAUAGUAAGCCUUGGCCUGUGUUGAGUGAGGUCGAUUUCUCAGCCUUGCAGGAGGGGUAUUAUGGGAAGGCUUUCACGUCGAGGGGCGGACCUGUGGAGUUUGAGACGCCGCAACAAAGAAUCCAGUCUAAGCGUGAGGACACAGAGUUAAUGGUUGUUUACACGGGUGUUAAGGAUAUCCCGCACUCACCCAAGGAACCGCCCUUUGAACCUACCACCCCAGGAACGGAGGUCGUACAACUUCGUCAGCCUACGAACUUCCCGAAAGUCAAACGUCGACUCCUCGACAUCGAACUCUACGGCGCUGACGCAGCGAUGGCGCGUCUCUUCCGGAAUGAAGAGGAGGAACGCCUCGGUAUACACAGAGAAAUGCAGCAUAAACGCGCUGCUGAGAUCCUGGGUCUGCCAACAACGGCUAAACUAUCUGUCCCGGCUAUGCUCAACGCCAUCGCGAAUAGUCCUCGUUUCCCGAAGAAGGAGAUGCCUCAGAAAUCGCUGGAGGAAAUUAUCACGACACUCGCGGAGUUACAAGCUGGUACUACACCGAUCUCGACGCUCUUCCCACCCACCCCUAAGCCCGCACAACCCACCACCGCUUACCCAACACCACCUGGCAUGGACCCAGCAGAAUGGACAAACCUCUCCGCCAUCUUCGCAUCCAAAAUCGGUCUACCCUUUCCCGCUGUCGAAGCACCGGACUGGAUGGCCCCCGCCUCGAAGAAGGUAUAUUACGAGACGCUUCUCAAAGAACAGAUUGCCAAUGCGGCGAGGGAUAAGGCUUUCCAGGAUCGUCAUAUCGCGGAGGCACAGGCGAGAAUUAAGCCAGUAGUUGGGCAGGAGGAUUUGAUGGGGCAGUUGCAGAAGAUCAUGGGGGCCCAGACGCAGGGGCAGGGUCAACAGCAGCCGGCGUAUCAACAGCCGGCCGCGCAGGCAGAGGGAGGGGAGUAUGAUCCAUCUGGCCUCCAGAAUCUCCUCGCGGGAAUGGGGUACCCCCAGAAACCCCAGCAGCAGCAGCAGCAGAUGCAGUGGCCCAGCCAACCCCAAACCACCACCGCCAAUUAUCCGGCUCAGACGCAGUAUCAAGAACAGCCUGCGUGGCUUGCAUACGCUGCUAGUUUGCAACAAGCUGCUCCCACCCCACCUUCUACCUGGAGCACCUCCUCCUCCCAACAGCAACAGCAGCAGCAGUCCGGUGCGCAGACUUGGGGGUCGGGGGGUUAUGGACAGGAUGGCGCGGAGGGGGGGAAGAAACCGUGGGAUGCUGGUGGUGGGGAUAGAGGCGGGGGAGGAAAAUUCAACAAGAAUAGGUUGGAUCCGGAUUAUAAGCGGGGGACGAAACCGUGUCGGUUCUGGCAGGAGGGGAAGUGUGCGAAGGGGGUUAAUUGCACUUUUAUUCAUGAGCAGCAGUGAGGGGGUCUAGGAAUGAGGGUUCGGAAGCCUUCAUUCAAUCCGAGGGUUUCCUUUGUGAACUGGGGAUGCUGGGGGGGAUGUUUUUAUAGCGCGG